AUGCAUCGGCGAUGCACCGGAAUCCUGAGCGUUCGGGAGGAUCGUCAUGUAGUGUCCACAACCUCGAAGGCUCUCUUUGGAGAAGGACGACGUAGGCAAUCUCUAGAUCUUCUUGCGAAGUCUAGAGAUCAAUGAAAUGGGUUGUCAAAUCAUUUCUAGCGGCUGUCACCUGGUGGAGCAGAAAAACGGCGACUUUGUGGCUCUCCGACGGUUGUCACCUAACGGAGAGGAGCUGGAUGGAGGUGGGGCGCAUAUCAUGGAGCUUCAUCCUCAGGUCCGUGCAGCAAGAGGAGGCUCUUCAUUGCAUUCGGUACGCUCUUAGGAGGUGGCGACUUGUCUCCCGGUAG